GUCCACUUGUACCCACAUUUAAAGGACAAUAUGGCUAUGUAACCUAUUUCGUUAAAGCAAAGUUGCACAGAUCUUGGCAUAAGACUACAACUACAAAAUCUGAGUAUAUAGUCUUCCAGCACAUAGAUAUCAACUCUCCUUCACUUCUGAUACCUCAGAUUGGAACAAAAGACAAGACUAUAUGUUGUUGGUGUUGUGCUACUGGGCCAAUUCUUUUAACUGUCAAAAUGGAAAGGACAGGCUAUGUUCCUGAUGAAUCGCUUCCAGUCAUUGUGGAAAUUCAGAAUAAUUCUUCUCGAUCGGUUAUACCAAAGGCAUCAAUCUUCCAAUUACAGUCCUUCCAUGCAAGAGGGAAAACAAGGACAGAAAGACUGUCUCUGACUAAACUAAAGGGAAAGCAGGUUUCAGGAAAAACUUCAGAGACAUGGCGUUGUCAGCUUCAUGUACCACAGUAUCCUCCUUCUAUUCCUAAUUGUACUAUUCUCCGUAUGGAAUACGUAGUAACAGUAAAAUUAAAGAUACCAGCAUCAGCUAAGCUGACAUUAGAUAUGCCACUGAUUAUUGGCAGCAUUCCUCUAAAAUCUGCUUAUUCAUCUGACUUCCUGAUGCAACCGAUUAGCUCCAUCUCCAAAUAAAGAUAGCAUACUGGCUGCAAAUCUUCAAAAUCUUCACAUUCACGACCAAAGCAAAAAAAUGAAAUUGUCUGCCAUGCCAUAUGAAAGAUGAUAUGUCAGAACAAGAAGAGCUUCUCUGUGUAAUGAACAAAAAAGAAAAAUGCCAAAAAAUGUUUCAUUUCUUAGCCUUUUUAUUAGCCUAUAUAUAUAUAUAUAUAUAUAUAUAUAUAUAUAUAUAUAUAUAUAUAUAUAUAUAUAUAUACAGUAGAACUUGAUUUAUAUAAUGAGUAAAAGGAACUGCUCUGUAAACAUGUAUAAUAGAUUAAAUAUUGUAAGAGUAUAAUAUACUAAUUGCACUUUCAUCACAAUGUAUUAAUAUAUUAAAACCUCUUUGAUAUGCCCACUUUCUCUCUGUGUUAGUACAAAAUAGUUAUUGCAUUAACCUGUUAUCCAUUUAUGUCAAGAGGUAAACUGAGGUAAACCUGUUGUACCAGUACAUAUCUAUGCCUUAUGUCUGAAUUUAAGAAAGCAGUAUCUUGGCUUCCUCAGAAUGUUACUGUUUACAGUGUUAGUGUGUUUUUGCUUUACAUGCACACUCUCAAUAAAAUGUUUAUAACUGCA